GCCCUUUAUACCUCCACCUCGGUAUUUCGACAUGCACACAUGAAAUGGAGGUCAGUCGCCUUCGCGAUGUGAGCUUUCGGUUUGACGAUGUGCCUCUUCCUAGACAGUCGGUCCGAAUUUUCGUGCCUGAACGUGCUGAUCUACUUUUCUGUCGUAAAGCCAGAGCUGGUUCGCCAUCGCCUAAUGUGCCCAAUCCGUUUGCGCGUUUUGCCGCAAGCGCAACUUCGGUCGAUAGAUCACCAAGAACUUGCUUUCGCAGCUCUUCACUUGAUGUACUCUCAACAAGACAGGUGGCGUCAUUGUCAAAAGUAUUUACUUUUCGAUUCAUUGUCCCCGUAUUUUCUUCGAAUUAAGGUUUGUUCACAUUCAAAAACAAAAACUUUUAUUUCACUUUCCCGUUUUACCAGCGUUGGCGUUCUGAGAAGUACGUUCGGAUGACAAUGUCGUUCGCGACGGAAGGACCUCCGACGCCCUCCGCGUACUCGGGCACUCCAAAGCGAAGCUCGGUGGCCGGGCUGCAAAUUUCGCCCACCGCGGCGAGGGAGGAGAGAGCGAAGGAGCCCGCGGGCGUGGGCUCUCCCCACGGCCGGGUCGCCCGGGAAGGCUCGAUGUUCUCUCUGGGUCCUGCUACUCCGGGCGCAGGGGGGGCGGUUGCCCUCUCGGAAGGCUUCUCGGACGAAGCCAUGAGGGGCUUGAAAGCGGACGGCGCCAGAGCAAAAGGAGACGGUAAAAAUUUACUUCGGCUUUUUUGAUGAUUUCAUGAUCAUGGCCUUCAUAGGUAAGUAAAGUCUUGGACUAUAUUAAUCGCACUACUUCAGUAUGUAAUUAUGUGGUUUUGCGGUCGAUUCGAUUUGAAAUUUACCUUGCGCCUGCACUUCGUUGCGCGUUCUCCACAUCUAUCACGUGUAAAAAUGUCUGGGUCUGGAAGAUUCUGAGACUUGUCAUGCACGUUUUGCAUGGGCUAUGAUGUCUGUGAUGCAUGCCCUAGCAUCACAGACUUUCUGAGGGCUCUGUGAUGCCCAUUCCGCAUGGCAAAUGCCCUCUCCCCGUAGCCAAAAUUGCAUUCCCUUUGCUGCUUAUGCAAUACAGAUUUUUUUGGAAUCCAAAUGCAGCAUCACAAGUUCGGAUUCUUCCAGACCCAGACAUUUUUACAUUUGAUAACAUCCCUCACCUAAAAACAGGCGCCGACAUUUCGGACUUGAAGGCCUGCGGUGUGGGGUGCUACCUCUGUUACAAGGAGGACAAUUUCGGCACAAUAUACAUGCAAUGGGCGGAAAACACCCCCGCGAACGCCAUCCUGUGGAUGCAACCCAAGGCGCCCGUGCCGAAGUUCAAGUUUACGCAAAACGCCGGCCGUGUACAGCUGGCGGAUCGGGUGAACGGGGGCUUGAAGUUCUUCGAAACCAUUUCGCGCUUCGUGCGGGAACUCAUGGUUACCUACAAGGCGAACAAAAUAACCAUUCUAUCGCACGUCGAGAACAAGGAGGUACUUUUACUUAGUAUGGUUUGUUUUGUGGCCUGUGCAGUUAUCCCAUGCUCAUGAUUGUCCCCUUCUAGUACGACCUCGUCAUACAGAUUGAUAGGGAUUCGGAUUUUUCAUUUCUACAAGGGUCAGAUCUUUCAAUAAAGCAAUACCGUAUUCUUGAAGGAAAUUAUACCGAUGAAGUUAGUAGGCACCAGUUUGUCAUAGAAUGACAAUGAUCAUGUGGUUCUUAUCCCAUAUUAACAGGUGCAAGUGCUCUUCCUGAAGAAGUCAAACAAGAUCUUCAUUUUGAAGGAAGCGAGCAAAAGCGUGCUGUACGAACCCGAUGAGAUCGAGGCGAUCGGGGUUGUGCCUUACAACAACACGGAGUUUGCGGUCAUGACCAUGCACAGACAACUCUUCUGUGACAAGUGUGCGCACAGUGGAGCUUACAUGAUGAAAUGAGCGAAGCAAAUUACCCUCGGGCGGGAGUUUUUGGUACCGACCUACCUGGUGUUUGCCGGCACCGAGAGUUUACGAAGGAACAUGAGUUGGCAAAAAAAUUUUCAGUUGUUUUCGCAUUUAUUCUGCUACAUACUCAAACUUAUACUUUCAUCUUCAGAUUCAAGGACGUUAUUUUUUUUUGCAUACAAUUUCAAUUACAAACGAAACUUACUGGGAUUUUUGCUCUAAUGAUUACACAUACAUCCGUCUUGCGGUAAGGUCAUAACAUGACAUCUACUUAACAAAUCAUAGAUAGAGGCAUUAUUUCUCUUCCUUCUGUUGCCUUUCAAGCUAUCAUGCGGUUGUGGUGCCUAGUGCGGAUAGGCACGACCUCCACGUGUAUGCAUGGUAAAACUGAUAAACCAAUAAAACCUCUUGUGCGUGAAGCAAGACAUGAAGAUCAGAUCAUUUGAAAGUCCCGUCUGCAGCUGCACAUACAAGCCUCCAUUUGCUGUUUUGUGUUCACACUGCGGCUUUCGCUUUAUCAAGUGAUCGCACUUCAAAUGCGUUUCUACAAGAACACAUCCUGGAGGGAAGAUCAUGGUGUAGCCUCUUCUCGUCAUCUUCACUGUAGCAGCCCUGACACUGACGAA